ACAACACAUUAUCUUUUCAUUUCAUUUCCCACUUUUCCGAUUCCAUCUCUCCGCCGCCAUGGACCGCCGUCGCCGGAGAAAUUUGAUAGUUGAAGCUUUCAUGGUGGUUUUAUUGUUGAACCAAUUUGUGGAUGGCAAAGGCAGAAAACACCGAUGUGAAUUUCCGGCGGUUUUUAAUUUCGGAGAUUCGAAUUCCGAUACUGGUGGGUUGUCGGCGGCGUUUGGACAGGCUCCACCGCCCAAUGGGGAGUCAUUUUUCCGUCGGCCGGCCGGUAGGUAUUGUGAUGGCCGUCUGGUUAUCGACUUCAUAGCCCAAAAUUUCGGGCUGCCUUAUUUGAGUGCAUACCUAGAUGCACUUGGUUCAAACUUCACCCAAGGAGCUAAUUUUGCUACAGCUGGUUCGACCAUUAGACCCCAAAAUACGACCCUAUCUCAAAGUGGGUUCAGUCCCUUUUCCUUAAACGUUCAGUGGUACCAGUUCAACGAUUUCCAUGGUCGGGUCCGAAAUUUUCGCACCCAAAAAGGUGACGGGGUAUUUGAGAGAUUGAUACCCAAAACUAAAGAUUUUUCCCGUGCUUUGUACACAUUUGAUAUCGGGCAAAAUGAUUUAACCGCGGGUUUGUUCCAAAACUUGUCUAUUGAUCAAGUUAGGGCGUCGGUCCCCGAUAUCGUAGGUCAAUUCAAAACUGUCAUCGAGGACAUAUAUAAUCAAGGAGGAAGAUCAUUUUGGAUACACAACACAGGUCCAUUCGGGUGUCUACCGUAUGUAAUUGCCCGUCCACUGAGCACAAAUGGACAAGUGGACAAAUACGGAUGUGUUGGCUCGUAUAACGAGUUGGCUCAAUCUUUUAAUCGUCAAUUAAAAGAAACCGUGGGCCAACUACGUAAGGAUCUACACAAGGCGGCAAUCACCUACGUUGACGUCUACUCAAUCAAGUAUACACUCAUUACCCAAGCAAGCCAACAUGGGUUUGAGCAUCCAUUAAGAGCUUGUUGUGGUCAUGGAGGAAAGUACAACUACGAUAUGCAUAUUGGGUGUGGAGGAAAAGUCAAAGUCAAAGGGAAGGAAAUCUUGGUGGGUAAAUCAUGUAAUGAUCCAACGGUCGCAGUUAGCUGGGAUGGGGUUCACUACACCCAAGCAGCCAAUCAAUGGAUUUUCGAUCAAAUGGUAGAUGGUUCGUUUUCUGACCCGCCUAUCUCGUUGGGAUUGGCGUGUCAGAAACAACCUUAAUCUAAUAAGGUUGUUUAAAAAAAAUUAAUUUAAUAUUUCUAGUGACGGAAUUUUAGUCAGAUCAAAUAUAUAUCUGUUUGAUGAGUUUAUAUUCAGUUUUCUGAUAAAAGUUUCCCUUCUUUCCAUCUCGAUGUUGAUUAAAUCAACUUUGACCAUUUCUGAUAAAAGUUUCCCUUCUUUUCA